UUUUUUCGACCACGUUCCUACACGUAGGUCAGUACUGGUCACACUGUCUCAUAAGAGGAACUAGCAUCGAAAUCAAAAACCCAAAACCCUAAAAAGCGAAAGAAACCCCCAAAGUAUCUUUCGCUCUGAAACCACCAUGGAUUUGCAGCCCAACGAGUUCGAUCGCCUCUUGUUUUUCGAGCACGCUCGUAAGACCGCAGAAGCCGACUACACCAAGAACCCUCUCGACGCCGACAACUUAACGAGAUGGGGAGGAGCUCUAUUGGAGUUGUCUCAGUUUCAGAGUUUUCCCGAGUCGAAGAAAAUGACCCAAGAGGCUAUUUCGAAGCUGGAGGAGGCACUUACUGUGAAUCCCAAGAAGCAUGAUACACUUUGGUGCCUGGGAAAUGCUCACACUUCACAAGCGUUCUUGAUUCCAGACCAGGAGGAGGCAAAGGUUUUAUUUGAUAAGGCAGCUGAUUACUUUCAGCAAGCUGUUGAUGAGGACCCUUCAAAUGAACUUUACCACAAAUCAUUGGAAGUGGCUGCCAAGGCUCCUGAGCUGCAUGUAGAAAUCCAUAAGCAUGGAUUUGGUCAGCAGCAGCAGGCAGCAGCAACAGCUGGAUCUUCUACUUCUUCUUCGGGUACAAAGACUCAGAAGAAAAAGAAGAGCAGUGAUCUGAAGUAUGACAUAUUUGGAUGGGUAAUUCUCGCAGUUGGUAUUGUUGCAUGGGUGGGAUUUGCAAAAUCGAAUCUGCCACCACCCCCUCCUCCACCUCCUAGAUAAGUGGAGCCAUUUGAUUUGUCUGAUGCAUUAUUGAUUAUUGAGAAAUGAUAUUUGAUUUCGGCCAGUGGCGUUUAUUUAGUUUUUGACAGUAGUAGUUGUAUGUCAUGGUGUAGCCAUUGGCUUAUCUGAUCCCAUCAUACGAAAUUUUAUCAUACUAUGGGUUGAGCAGUUAAAUAUGUCCGGCUUAGAUCUUUGCUAGUAUAUGCAAAAUCAAAAGCAUUGCCAUCGAUCAAGUAUUGAAUAUAAUAAUUUUCUGCUAAUGUUUCGGUUUUUCAUUUA